CCAAGAAAAACCGGCUGAGCUGUCACAUCCAGGCUGACACAGUGACAGAAAGUGUGUGUGUGCGCGUGAGAAAGAGCGAGGGAACCUUGCUAUGUAAACACCUGCUGUUGCGCAACGAGCGCUUUGGUAAAAGACACACUCGUCCAAGCACGGUGGCACGCGUGCGCACGCACCAACGCGCCGAACGCACACACACACACACACACACGCACGCACAAGAGGAGAAGCUGAAGGCGCUGUCGGAGAGUGAACCUGCGGGUUCCUGUCACUCUGAUUACUCCAAAGGAAGAGGAAUACUGAGCAAGACGUCCGGCAGAGAGGCGGGAGUACCAGCGACGGCGAUGGCUCUAGCGACCGUGUGGAACUACUGCGUCCCGCUCACCAUCAUCACUGUCGCCUGCCUGGCGCGCACCGCUCAUUGUCAGGCGGUGCAGGCGGAGAACGUGACAGUCUUGGAGGGAGGCACGGCCCAGAUCUCCUGCCGUCUGCAAAACUACGAUGGAUCAAUCGUGGUCAUCCAGAAUCCCCGCCGGCAGACUCUCUUCUUCAACGGCACGCGAGCGCUGAAGGACGACCGCUUCCAGAUGGUGCUCUUCACGCCGCGGCUGGUGCGCAUCACGUUGACCAACGUCAGCGUGCUGGACGAGGGCGGCUACUUCUGCCAGCUCUACACGGACGCCACGCACCACCAGGUGGCCACGCUCUCCGUGUCGGUGCCGCCCGAGACGCCCACGGUGGACGUGAAGCAGGAGGCCGUGGAGGGCGGAGAGGUGGAGCUCACCUGCAUGACGCCGCGCAGCAAGCCGGCCGCCACGCUGCGCUGGAUCCGCAACGGCCGGGAGCUACCAGGUGUGGUGUCCCAGCAGGACAACGGGAAGACGUUCAGCGUGUCCAGCACCAUCCGGAUCCCCGUAGAACGGAAAGACGACGGGGCGGCUCUGAGCUGCGAGGCUUUCCACCCGGCGCUGGGUGGACAGAGGAGGAUUCGCCACUACCGCCUGGAUGUGAAUUUUGCACCCACAGUGAGAAUCGUUCCUCCUACUGGGAUCUUGCGAGAGGGUGACUCGCUUACCCUCACCUGCUCCGUCACCGGGAACCCGCUGCCCAGGAACAUUCAGUGGUCAAAGAUUAACGACACUUUACCUGAAAGGGCGGAGAUCUCCGGCCCCACCCUCCAGAUUUCCCGUCUCAGCCAAUCACACAACGGGACUUACCUGUGCCAGGCCCAGAACAACUACGGACGUGCCGCCGAUCAUUACACCCUACUGGUGUAUGAUCCCGGCGCAGUGGUGGAGACUCACAGCGCCGUGCCAUACGCAGUGAUAGGUGGUGUUCUGGCACUGCUGGUUUUCACCGUCAUCUGUGUCCUCAUCGUCACCAUCUGGUGCUCCGUCCGGCAGAAAGGUUCCUAUCUUACCCAUGAGGCCAGUGGGUUGGAUGAACAUGGUGAGGUGCAGGAAGCCUUCCUCAAUGGGAAUGACGCCAGCCAGGGCAAGAAGGAGUACCUACUGUAGCCCUUCCCAGUCCCCUUCUCUUCUGACCUCAGCCCUCCAUCCCUCCCCCUCCCCGUCUCCCUCCUUAUACACAGUAUACACAAACGCACACACACACGUACACUUGUACACAAUGCGCCAUAACAGGCAGCCUUCUGAAAAACGACUGUAUACAGAUUCGCACACAGCCAGUCCAACCUGCUCCAUUCCAGCCCAUAUCCUCCGCACACACACACACACACACACACACAAACCCAGAGACAGACUGAGGAAGCGAGAGCCUAUAGACCCACCAGCCAUUAACGAAUGUGCCAUAUACUGUAAGCAGGAGAAACCGGGGGGGAAACGGGAAGAGCGGGCAAGCGGGGGGGAGAGGAGAGGGGAGGGAGGGUGAGCUGCAUGUAGGCAAUAACGAAAUUAUGCCGUAAUUAUUUUGAUCGAGAGGGAAGCAGGGAGCACAAAGAAAACUGGCAUUCCGCCCGUGCAGCCACCAAAGUGGAAGCGGAAUUAGAGGCAGAUGACUGCUAUAAUUCCAUGCCUGGAGAAAACCAUUUCACAAAGCUCAAUCUUUAACCUGCGGAGACAGAGGCAGCCAGUGUGCGAGAGGGGACGGGGGGGGGGG